AUGUCGGGCUUCAUGCCCGAGCUCAUCGACUACCUGGAGGGGAAGGUUUCCUUCGAAGAGUUCGAGCGGCGCAGGGAGGAAUGCCAGACGCAUCCCGGAAAAGCCGUGCAGGAGAGGGGAAGUGAGGGGACCCCCGCUUCCGCCCAGCCGGAGACCCCGUCUUCCUCCUCGUCCUCCAAACCCCGCAGCCCGGAGAGCGGGGAAGGAGAGUCGGCUGACGGCGUCAGCAAGUCUGUGUGGCGGGCCUUCGCCUCCAUGAUCGGAGAGAGCGAGGAGAAGGAGGAGGAGGAGGAGGAGGAGGAGGAAGAGGAGGCCGCCCAGCAGCCGACGGCGGGAGACGUGUUCGCGCUGGAGAUGACGCUAAAUCGGGAGACCCAGAAGAUGAUGAAGGAGAAGAGGCCCCGGAGCAAGCUCCCGCGGGCGCUACGCGGCCUCAUGGGCGAGGCCAACGUCCGCUUCGCGCGCGGGGAGCGUGAGGAGGCCAUCGCCAUGUGCAUGGAGAUCGUCAGACGGGCGCCGCUGGCUCACGAGCCGUUCUCCACCCUGGCCGUGAUCUACGAGGACCAGGGGGACGUGGAGAAGUCGCUGCAGUUGGAGCUGAUCGCCGCCCACCUGAACCCCAGCGACACGGAGGCGUGGGUCCGCCUGGCCGAGACAUCCCUGGAGCAGGACAACGUCAAGCAGGCCGUCUCCUGCUACACCAAAGCGCUGAAGUACGACGCGGCCAACGUGCGCUACCUGUGGGAGCGGGCCAGUCUGUACGAGCGGAUGGGCGAGCGCAAGCUGGCCGCGGAUGGCUACCGGCGAGUCCUGGCCCUCCUGUCCCCGCUGGACGGCGAGCGCUUCGUGCGGCUGGCCAGGGACGUGGCCAAGAGCUACUACGAAGCCAACGACGUGGCGUCGGCCGUCGGCAUCGUCGAGGAGGCGUUCUCCAAGCACCACGGCCUCGUCUCCGUGGAGGACGUCAACGUCGCGGCCGAGCUCUACGCGGCCAGCAAGCAGUUCGGCAAGGCGCUGGAGGUCAUCACCGGGUUCCCCGGCAUCGUCCUGGAGAAGGGCGCGGGCGGAGAGGGGGUGACGUGCACCGUCCCGGAAGGAGUCCCCGUCGACAUCGCCGCGAAGCUGACGGUCUGCCUGAUCCAUCUCAACGCGCCGGGACCGCUCAACCCCCUCCUGACCGGCCUGGUGGAGCAGGACCCCGAGGACGUGGGAGACCUUUACCUGGACGUGGCGGAGGCCUUCCUGGACAUGGGCGAGUACGGCGGGGCCCUGCCGCUCCUCAGCGCGCUGGUCUGCUCCGAGCGCUACAGCCAGGCCGUCGUCUGGCUGCGCCACGCCGAGUGUCUGAAGGCGCUGGGGCACGUGGAGUGCGCCGCCCGGAGUUAUGCCAAGGUGGUAGGCCUCGCCCCGCUUCACCUGGACGCCCGCAUCACCCUGUCCACGCUCCAGCAGCGGCUCGGACGACCCGACGAGGCGCUGGAGGCCCUGGAGCCCGCGCGCGGCCCGGACGCCCCGGCCCGGGACGCCAACGCCGUCCGGCAGGAGCUGAAGUUGCUGCCGCACCGCUCCACCCUGCUCCCCUCCCAAGGCAAGGUGAGCGGCCACGUGGACGCCCUGCUGACCAUGCUCGCCAUGCUUCUAAAGGCGGCGAUGAACAGGGCCCGGGUUGGCCUGAUCUCCAGCUGCAGGUCGGGGGAGAGGCACCUCUACCUCGUCAAGGUGCCGCGGGACGGGGUCUCGGCCGACGGCGACGGGGAGACGGCCAGCUGCGACGUCGGGGCCACCCUGGCGGGGCUGGGCGGCGCGCUGACCGAGGAGGACUGGUGGGACGUGGCGCUGAGGGCGGUGGACGCCCUGGGCGCGCUGGCCCGCUACCGGGAGGCCGAGCUGCUGGUGGACUCGGCGCUGGAAUGCUACUUCUUCUACGGAGACCGGCGGAAGCGCAGGGAGCUGGAACACCCGGGCCUGUCCGCCGCCGUCCUGGGCGGCGACUUCCCCAAGGCCUACGACUACGUCCGGCUAAUGGUCAUGGAGGACGCGAACCGGCCGCAGCUGUGGAACAUCUUCAACCAGGUGACCGCGCGCUCGCGGGAAGCGCGCCACCGUCGCUUCUGCCUCCGCCUGAUGCUCAGGCACCCCGACAGCCACGUGCUCCGCGUCCUCAACGGCCACAACGCCUUCGUGGGAGGAAGCUACAGGCACGCGCUCGGCCGGUACGUGCGGGCCUUCCGCGCCCACCCGGGCGACCCGCUCUUCAGCCUGUGCAUCGGCCUGACCUUCGUGCACAUGGCCUGCCAGAGGCACGUGCUGAAGAGGCACGCGCUCGUCGUGCGGGGCUUCUCCUUCCUCCACCGCUACCUCAGCCUGCGCGGGCCCUGCCAGGAGGCCUUCUACAACCUGGGCCGCGCCCUCCACCAGCUGGGCCUGGGCCACGCCGCCGUCCACUACUACCGCAAGACCCUCGACCUGCCGCCCCUCGUCGCCCCGGGCAUGGAUGCCGACCAGCUGGACCCGCGCCGAGACGUGGCGUACAACCUCGCCCUCAUCUACCAGGACAGCGGGAACCUGGGCAUGGCCCGCCGGCUCCUCCGCACCUGGGGCUCCGUGUGACGGGCUGGCGGGGCCGCGUCUCUCCCGUUGGAAUAAA